AGGUGGUGGUACCUAACCGUGCGAAUCCAUACGAAAAUAUUAAUAUUAGCAAAACAAAUAUACCUUUCACAUGGCAUGUUUUAAACUACCACGAACAAUGUGAAUUUUUAAAUGUGUCCAUUAAAAUUACACAUUUAAAUUAUAAUGUUGACGGCUUGAUAAUUUCACUCAAUCAAUAAUAAACGAUAUCUUUAUUUCAAUGCACUUUCAUUUGACAUUUGAACUAUGAUGUUGAUAUUGCAUCUGACGUUUUUUAAUUCGAAACAAUUUCGAGUAUAAAAGGCAGAUUUUCAAAGGAAACAGGCAGUUCGUUCUGGGUAACGCACAGGACUCGACGCUCCAAAGAUGAAGCCCGUUAUAGUUAUUCUAUGUCUCUUCGUGGCAUCUCUGUAUGCUGCAGAUUCCGACGUCCCUAACGACAUUCUGGAGGAGCAGCUUUACAAUAGCGUCGUCGUUGGCGAUUACGACAAUGCGGUUGAAAAGAGCAAGCAUUUAUACGAGGAGAGUAAGUGCGAAGUCAUCUCAAAUGUAGUGAACAAAUUGAUACGAAACAACAAGAUGAACUGCAUGGAGUACGCCUAUCAACUUUGGCUCCAGGGCUCCAAGGAAAUCGUCCGGGAUUGUUUCCCAGUUGAGUUCAGACUUAUCUUCGCCGAAAACGCGAUUAAGCUUAUGUACAAGCGCGACGGUCUCGCUUUGACGCUGAGCAAUGAUGUUCAAGGCAACGAUGGCAGACGUGCCUACGGCGACGGCAAGGACAAGACAAGCCCGAGAGUCAGCUGGAAAUUCAUUGCUCUGUGGGAGAACAACAAGGUCUACUUCAAGAUCUUGAACACUGAACGUAACCAAUACUUGGUAUUGGGAGUCGGCACUAACUGGAACGGCGACCAUAUGGCCUUCGGAGUCAACAGCGUCGAUAGUUUCAGAGCCCAGUGGUACCUGCAGCCCGCUAAUUACGACAAUGACGUCUUGUUCUACAUCUACAACCGUGAAUACAGCAAGGCUUUGACACUGUCGAGGACGGUUGACCCCUCGGGUCACCGCAUGGCCUGGGGAUACAACGGCAGAGUAAUCGGAAGUCCCGAACAUUACGCUUGGGGUAUAAAGGCUUUCUAAGUUAUAAUAUAAAGUUUCGACCACGAACCAAUGAGAAUGAGCAGCAAUAAAUGAAUUUAUAAAAAAAAUACUUGUUUUUGGUUAUUCUUUGA